GUGUGACAACCAACGGAGAAUGGAAUCUUAUUUAUAGUUCGAUAUUGUACAUGAUUUUUCCUUUAGCUAGAGUAAUAAUAAUAUACAUAUAGUAAAUAUGCUUGAUUUGGUAGAAGAAAAACAUAUUGAAGUAGCGCUUGCGUUAGCAGACGGCUUCAUCCACGAGACUACUCCUGAAGCCGUGGGGCCCUGGUUAAGCCCAAAUUUCCCUAAAGAUCGGGUUCAAGAAUACUGCAACAGUGUGACCAGGACCUCGGAAAUUCCAGGGGUCAAAGAGUUCAUGAUUUCGGCAAUCAACAAAACACCCACGGAUGCAGUGCGGAUGUACGUUGUUCUUGCCAAUGUUUUGGAACUGAGGAUUCUUGCACCAGUGUUGACGUCUUCGUUAACUUUGAUCAGAGAUAUGACCUUGGAACAACGUGAAGAAUUGUUACAGCUGUGGCUGAUGUCUGCAAUUCCAGCAAAACGUAGGUUGUUUCAUCUUUUCUUUAGUUUGAGUAUGUUUGCCUUUAACGCCUUUGCUCCAGAGUUACACAAUCAAGCCAUUGGGUAUCCUGGAACUGAACUCCGUGACAUUUUGUACGAGCUGCAGGUAGUCAAUGAUUUCAAAUUCACCAUGUUGGACACCCCAAGACAAGCGGGUAAUGAAUUGUAUGUGCCCAACGUUGAUGUUUUGAUCAUAGGACUGGGUCUGGGGGCCGGAGUUGUGGCACAUACAUUGACCGAGCAGGGACACAAGUGUUUAGUGUUGGAAAAGGGCAAGUAUUAUACGAAAAAGGAACUUGAAUUCAAUGAUUUGCAAGGUUUAGAAAACUUGUACGAAAAUGGAGGAAUUUUGGCUAGUGCAGACCAGCUGGUUACUGUAUUGGCUGGAAGCACGUUUGGAGGUGGGUCUACAGUCAAUUGGCUGGCCAGUUUGAAGACCCCCUUCAAGGUUCGUAAGGAAUGGUAUGACGAUUUUGGGAUAGAUUGGGCCGCCAGUGAGUCGUACGAAAAUGCCACUGAUUAUGUAUUGCGUCAAAUGGGUGCCUCAACCGAGAACAUCAAGCAUUCAUUUUCUAACCAAGUGUUACUUGAUGGGGCCAAAAAAUUAGGUUAUGCCUCGAAAGAGGUACCGCAAAACAGCGGCAAUCAUGCCAAUCACUCAUGUGGGAUGUGCCACCUUGGUUGUAAGUUUGGAGUGAAGCAAGGAAGUGUAGAAUGUUGGUUCAGAGCUGCUGCUGAAACUGGAAACGUUCAAUUUAUGAGCGAAGUAAAGGUUGUGAGAUUAAUCCACAAGGCAGGAAAGUGUGUAGGUGUUGUUUGCAAAGAUGUCAGAGAUAAUUCCAGUGGAGAAUUUACCAUCACCGGGCCUUCAAAGUACGUUGUUUGUGGAGGAGCCCUUAAUACUCCAAUUGUUCUUCAGAACUCUGGAUUCCGUAACAAACACAUUGGUGCUAAUUUAAAACUUCACCCAGUGACAGUUCUUUUUGGAGAUUUCGGUAAAGAUUUACAACUGAACCCACACCAAGAGGCCAUUUUGACAUCUGUGUGUACGGAACUGGAUGACAUUGAUGGACUUGCUCAUGGAGCCAAGAUCGAGACGAUUCUUCACACUCCACUUUUAGAAAGUGUAUUCCUCCCAUGGAAUUCAUCUGAUUCUGCACGUACUAGGCUUUUAAAGUACCAAAACUUGGCAUCUAUGUUGAUCAUUACCCGUGACACGUCACUGGGUAAGCUCCUGAUCAGCCCAGAGAAACCAGACUCUCUCAUUGUGGACUAUUCCGUCAAUAAGUUUGACCGGAAGGCUCUUCAAGAGAGUAUUUUGAUAGCUGCUGACAUUCUUUAUAUCGAAGGUGCUUUAGAAAUCAUUCAUCCACAGAUUGGAGUGAAGCUGUUCAAGAGUAAUAAGCCUAAGGCAAACAGAACCAUUAAUGAUGAAGAUUUUGCUACUUGGAGAGCAGAAAUUGCCAAAAUUACCCUUCAACCAUACAGCACCACUUUCGGCAGUGCUCAUCAAAUGUCCUCCUGUCGGAUUGCCGGUAAGGGACCCAAAUAUGGAGCCUGUGAUAACAGAGGAAGACUCUACGAAUGUGACAAUGUCUAUGUUGCAGAUGCCAGUGCCAUGCCCACUGCAAGCGGUGUCAACCCCAUGAUCAGUGUCAUGGCCAUCGCAAGAGUCAUUGCAUUGGGAAUUGCCAAGGAAUUGCAACCCAGUGCAAAGUUGUAAUUAUAUAUCUAUGGAAUUAAGUGUUCAGAAGAAACCCCGUGUAGGCCCAUUAAAGAGUAGACAGGGCAAUAGUGUAAAGGUCUACAGUGUGUCGUAGUUUCCGAAGCACUUACACAAAUUUUAAUCGUUAAAAAGAUGUCUAUUCCU